UACACCAGUUCCAAUCGGCUGUUCUUUUCCAUUCAACAACACGCGACCUUUGGAGAUUGUGUGGAAAAGAGAUUCCUUCACUAUGUCACGCUAUGGAGAUUCAACGCUUUCCUGCAAGGUGUACGUUGGUAACCUUGGAGACGAUGCCAAUCGCCGUGACAUCGAAGAUUCAUUCAGUACCUACGGAGCAUUGACAAAUGUUUGGGUCGCUAGGAAUCCGCCAGGCUUUGCCUUCGUCGAAUUUGAAAACCCUGGGGAUGCCAGCCAAGCCAUCAGAGGACUCAAUGACACUUCUCUCUGUGGGAGACGUAUUGAGGUCGAGCAUGCUACCGGUGAAAAACGUCGUGGCCGUGAUCGUGAAAGGGGGGGCGGCAGUAGACGUUCAAGUGGUGGUGGUGGCGGUUACAGUUACAGUGGUGACCGUGGUGGCGGCAGUCGUUUCCAGCAGCGUCGUUCUUUCAACGAUGAUAAAUGCUACGAGUGCGGCAAACGUGGCCAUUAUGCACGAGAUUGCCCGCACAACUCUCACGACAAGCGUAGACGAUCUCGCUCCAGGUCCCCCUACGACACUCGUCGCAAUAAUUCCUACAAGAGUUAUCGUUCCCGUAGCCGUAGUCGCAGCCGAAGCCGAAGCCGUUCCAGGUCAUACCACAGUCCAGCUCCAAGAAGAGACUCAUACGAUCGUGAUUAGACUGCUUGAACGUGAGACUAGGUGACCCAGCGCUUUAGAGGAAAUGUGUUCAUUGAUAGAUUCACAUCAAAAGAUUAAUCAGCGAUAAAGCAAGAUGUUUAAAGCAAUUUAAAGGGGCUGUCCUGUCAGGAUCAUAACAGUGCCCAAUUUCAUGGCUCUGCUUAACGCUGAAUUCUGCGCUUACGAUCACCAGAAUUCAGCGCUUACCCUCCGUAGAUUUGGUACUGAGGGAGAGCAAGUGCAUGCAGUAGCGGACUGAUAAUUCAUCAAAUUCUAUGUUCCUCCACUGGCCUGCUUUUAUCAUGAUAACACAGCCCCUUUUACUUAAAUAUUUUGGCUUUUAACCAUCCUCCCCUUUUCGCUGCCAUGGCACAUGUUUUGCAUCAAUGAUACAAAAUGCAUAGGUACAAAGUAUACAAUGUGUUAUGGCAAGGCUUGAACUUGGGAAAAACAACCACAAAACUGCAGGGCUUUGUAGCUCAAAGCCUUCACAAGACUAGAAACACAGUGAGUAGAUCAAUUGAAAAUGGGUGUUGGGUAUUAUUACUCAAUAACACAAGAACUCCUGAGUUGUCCGGUCUUUAAGUUCACUGGCCUCGCGCUAAAUCACUGGCUGCUGAGUGUAAAUUUCCAGACAUGCAUGAAAAAUAGCUCAUUUGUUUUGUAACAAGCUAAAAUGAAGUUAUUACAUGUAUAAUGAAUUGCAUCUCCUGCCUUUUUGUCAUACGACUCGCACUGCACACAGUAGAAAUGCUACAGUUUAUGUAUUAAUAUUCAUGUUAUAAUAAGUAUUGAUGUUUUUAAUGUAAUUUUACGUAUUUUACUCUUUGUCUUUGUAAAACUGAGCACCAAUUCAUGGCGCUACAAAUUAUGUGCCACAGCACUCUCUUUAUCAUGUUUUUUUUAUUUUAUUUUGUCAAUGGUUCUGAGCACAUAUAUUAACCGUCAGCAGCAGUGCCAUAAUUUUGGCCCUGUUGGCUUUAGUUUAAUGAUGGUUGCAUUAUUAAAAUAGUACGUCAGGCAUGGUGUUCGUACCUUCAUGGGAAAGCUCCAGUGAAGAAAGAAGCUAAAUAAAAACAUCCUUUCAUCUUGCAACUAA